AUGGCUCGAGCGUGGCGCGAGCGCGAGCCGAGCGCGCGCGUAGCGGCCGCACGUGCUGCGCUCGCCGCGCGCCCCGACUGCGCGCCCGCGCUGCUGCUGCUGGCCGAGGAGGACGCGCCCACCGUGCUCGAGGUACGCACCGCACACGGACCGACCAUGGCGGAGCGUGUGCUGCGACGAGCGUGGCGCGCAGGCGAGGCAGCGUGGCGAGCGCGUAUCUCGGGGGGUGCGGGGGGCGCGGGCGCGCGCCGUCAGGCCGCCGUGCUGGCGCACGUGAAGAGGCGGCUGGCGAUGUGCGCGCGGCGGCUGGGCCGUUUGCGUGACGCGGCGCGCAUGUUUCGCGAACUGGCGCGCGACGCGCCGCCCGCGCUGCACGCGCUGCACACGCACGAGAACCUCAUCGAGGUGCUGCUCGAGCAGCGCGCGUACGCUGACGUGCAGGCGGUGGUGGCGCGGUACGAGGAGUGUGCGUCGACGCGGUCGGCGUGCAGCGUGUAUACCACCGCGCUGCUGCGCGCGCGAGCCGCUGCCGCCGCCGCGCCGCCCGCGCGGCAGCAUCUCGAGCUCGCCGCGCUAGAGGCGAUGCGACGCGCUGUGGAGUUCAACCCGCACGUGCCGGCCUACCUGCUGGAGCUGCGCGCACUGGCGCUGCCGCCCGAGCACGUGGUGCGGCGCGGCGAUAGCGAGGCGCUCGCCUACGCCUUCUGCCACCUGCAGCACUGGCGCCACGUGGACGGCGCGCUGCGGCUGCUGGCGCUCGCCGUGCAGGUACCGCGCACACUGCACACUGUACACUGUAAACUGCACACUGCACACGGUAUACUACAGCGAGGCGCUCGCCUACGCCUUCUGCCACCUGCAGCACUGGCGCCACGUGGACGGCGCGCUGCGGCUGCUGGCGCUCGCCGUGCAGGUGCCGCGCACACUGCACACUGUACACUGUAA